ACUACACUGCAGUAGAAAGCCUCUACCUCUCCACCGAAGAGCUUCCACUUCUAGUAAGAGCCUCUCCUGGGCCACAAGACACUUCCUGCUCCAAGCCCAUUUUGUAAUUACCUUCCUUGGAAAUGCAAAAUCAGCCCACAGUCAUUGUGACUCAACCUGGAUUUACUCGUGCGCCCCAAAACUCCAACUGGCAGACGGGCAUGUGUGAUUGCUUCAGUGACUGUGGAGUCUGUCUCUGUGGCACAUUUUGUUUCGUGUGCCUCGGGUGUCAAGUUGCAGCUGACAUGAAUGAAUGCUGUCUUUGUGGAACAACUGUCGCAAUGAGGACUCUCUACCGAACCCGAUAUGGCAUCCCUGGAUCUAUUUGUGAUGACUACAUGGCCACUAUCUGCUGCCCUGUUUGUUCCCUUUGCCAAAUCAAGAGAGAUAUCAACAGGAGGAGAGCCAUGAAUGCUUUCUAAAGAAGCUGGUGGUGAAGAGCUUUUACCGAAGCAACUAAAAUCAACAAACACCUCUUCAACUCAAGUUCUUCUCCAUCUUUUGCAAGUGAAAUAUGAUGGAUAUGUUUACUUAUGAUGAUGUGACUCCCAAAAAAUCAAAUUUUUGAUUUAUUCUAAAUAAAUGUUGUGCGUUAGCAUAGUUUC